CAUUCAAAGCUUAAGCUAGGAGAAAGGUAACUCAAUUUGAUCUGAUUCAUAUCCAGAACGGAGAACAGUUAUGAGGUUUUUCAUAACGAAAAGAUCACAGAAACGCAUUUCCUGAUUGUAUGAGAGGAUAAGCCGUUUUGUGGAAACCACAGCGAAACUCUGAACAGAAAGUUACCUUUUAAAAUUUCACAUUGCGAGGAAGGAUCUUUCAAUUUUCUCUCAAAGUUUAAUGAUUCAUCAAGGAAUCAGCUUGUAAAGAGACUACCUUGAGUAAAAAUUAAUCCAUCUCCAACUUGUAAAGUUGUUUCACACACUCGGACUGUUGACAAAGAACUUUCUUCUUAUCCGAGUUAACUAUCCCACUCAUUUGAAAAGCUGCGGAUUCGUGCAAACCAAAGGCAGAAGAGUGGAAACGGAAGGUAAAGAAAAUCCAAGGAAAAUAUCAAAGAUUGGAAUUGAACACAAAGAAGAAAGAAUGAGUAACCAAUAACAGAUGAUGCAAUGAAGUCGGAAGGCAAGAGAGCAGCACAACAGCAUAUCAAUGAAGUAUGGAUCUGACCUAAGAACCAAGGCUGCUCAUGUUGCAAAGAAAUACUUCCAUGUCUAAAAGCAAGAGUUCUCUUGUAAAGUGAACUUUGUUGGAAAGAGAAAAGGAGGGAUUGAAUUGGACCACUGCCAAUUUUUUUUUCUCCCUGUGUUUGCUAUGGCUUUCCAUUGGCAUAUCACUAAAUCCAGGCUGGGAUUAUUUAUGUUUGUAACUCUUUCCUGCUUUCAAUGGUCUUCAGCCAUACAAAACUGUUCCAGGAAGCAGAACAAUUUCAAUAAUGUCUUUGAAACUCAAUACAGCAGUAAUCCCCAUCUGGUUUCUGGGACAACAUUGGUUCUUUAUCAAAUUGUGCACAACUUCCUUGAUAUGGUUCAACCAAACCCCUUUCCAUCAGAUUUAGUCAACACACUCAUACAAAAUGCUGCAAGUCUACAGCACAACUAUGUAAAGGUUCUGAAGUAUGAGGUUGGCUUCAUUGUUUGUGCAGCCAUUGGAAUUCUCUUCUUCCUCCUCAUGCCCUUGGUUGGUAUUUGUUUCUGCUGUUGUCGGUGUUGUGGGAACUGUGGAGGAAAGAUGUACCAGGAGCAGAAAAGAUCAAUGAACUAUAGAAGGAGGACACUAGCAGCCAUCUUGCUUAUGGUUACAACAGUGAUUCUAGGAGGAAACGUCUGCAUGUUUGUCAGCAAUGAAAACAUUUCAGAAUCCUUACAACAUAGUGAAAACUUACUGGAAAACACCCUAGGCAACCUGAAGAUUUACAUUAAUGCCAUCCCAAAACAAAUUACAACCAUUACUGAUGCCAGUGCAAUACCAGUAGCUAGUGUCUCAGCUAACCUGGACAAUAUAGAUUCAAGUCUUGGUGAAACAGUCAUGAAGAAGCUGGGUGAAACCAUAUACCCUUCAUUGAAUUCAGCAUCUCAGUUAGCACAAGUUAUCACUGAGAUGAAUGAAAGACUGGUGCUUAUAAAUUCGACAGCAGCAACACUGCUACAUCGACAGGAGGUUCUCCAGAAGAAUUUGACUGUCAUCCGACAAAACAUCAACAGAACACUCAAUACGUGUGGUUUACAAUGUGUCAGCAUCCAGGACAUUGUGAAGCAUCUUGAGUUUGUUGCCAACUUUACAAUGAUUCCUAAUAUGGACAAGGAGAUAAAUGCCAUGAGGCGAAUUGUGGCCACCAACUUUUAUUCCAUUGUACAAAAGGGUUAUAAAGAGUUUAAUGAUACACCAGCCUUGCUCAUCAACCAGUCAAUUAGCAUGGUGUCAGAAAUAAAGAAGAACUUGAAGAAUAUUGAACACCAGAUACAAAAUAUCACACAGGCGUUUCCAUUAUUAACCUCACUAAAAUCAAUCAAUAGCACACUAGAUCUCGUUGAUAGCAAGAUAAGUGAAUACCGCCCGAAGAUCCAGCAAGGCAAUGAAUACAGGUGGAUUGUCGGGAUUGCGCUGUCCUGUAUCAUUCUCCUGGUUGUUGUGUGUAAUUGUCUGGGGCUUCUACUGGGAACAGCAUACCUCAAACCCAAUGUGAAUCCCAUCGAACGGAGCGUAUUCUCCAACUGUGGGGGGAAUUUCCUCAUGGCGGGAGUCGGCUUCAGUUUCAUCUUCUCGUGGCUCUUGAUGCUGCUUGUCCUUAUCAUGUUUAUUGCGGGUGGAAAUGUCUAUUCACUGGUUUGCAAACCCUGGUAUGACAAUGAAAUUUUUCAGGUAAUUGAAAGCUCAGGGCUGAUGGCUGACUUUAACCUGGCAGAGAUACUUGGAUUGAAGAAUACCUCCCUGAGCAUCAAGAAUACCUACAAUGACUGCCAAAACAACAAAUCUGCAUGGAAGGCCUUGCAACUAGGGAAGAACUUCAACCUGGAUGAAUAUUUGAACCUGAGUAAGUAUACAGGGGACCUAUCAAGUACAUUUGAUAAACUGAAUGUCAAUUUAUCAGGAAUUACACUGCUGGAUCAGAAGGGCAGGACGACUCUGAAAGAUUUCUUAAACACUGGAAUCGAUUAUCUAAAUUUUACUAGCAUCUCUGAGCAGCUGGAGAUGCCAUUAUUUCAGCCGGAACUGCACAUCACUGUGGGGAAAUUACAAAAUUUCUCAAAGAGUACGAUGGACCCAGUCAAAACUGAACUGAACAAAGAGGCAGCAAGCCUGAAUGACUUGAACAGCUGGAUCCAGACCAACAUGGUGCCAAACAUUGAAACAUUGAAAGAAAACAUUGAACAUCUUCAGAGAAACACUUCACACAUUGAGGUAAUUGUAAAUAUCACCUUAUUGACGAUAGAUUCUGCACAGACUAUGAUCCACACAAAAGCCUCAGACAUUGUUAAAAAUGAAUCCAAGAUUUUUCUGGAUUGUCAGCUUGAAUAUUUCAGCUACUAUGUGAAUUGGACCAAGACAAUGAUUACACAGAAUAUGGCUCGGUGCAGACCUCUAGCAGAUGUCCUGGAUUCUGCAGCAAUAAUUGCUUGUUCAUACCUUUUGGAUUCAUUGAACGCUUUCUGGUUUUGUAUGGGCUGGAGCACUAUAUUCCUGGUUCCAAGCAUCAUUUUUGCAGUCAAGCUGGCCAAAUUCUAUCGUCGCAUGACAACUUCAGAUGUGUUUGAGAAUGGUGACUGUCACAUGGAAAUGGGACCACUGCGUAAAUAAUUCAGCCUUUCUGAAACCAGACUUUGAGAUUUUAUUGAGACACUAAAGAUCACAGCUGUUGCUGACUAUCCAAUGUGGAGGAAAAUACGGACCAACGAAUGAUGCUAGUGGAGCCCCUCCGAAAUUCAAUAUUGCCAAUGUCUACUUAAUUGAAAUUCCAACAUAUGUGGUUUGAAUGCAAUUUUAUAGAAAUGUGCAGCAUAGGUUUUGACUAUGCUGUUGUUCCCCAAAUAUCACUUUCUGGAACUACAAGUCUGAAUUUUUCCAGUUGGAGUUCCCUUACGCUGUAGCACGUAAACAGCUCUUAUCAACAUCACAACGUUCCUAUGUGAUUGCAACAAAGAUAACUUUUCACUCCUUAUCCUUCUGCAGGUCUUGAUGUAGUUGACCAUGUCAUCCUGCUAUAACAUCUCAAGUGAAUGGGACUGCACUCACUUGGCCCCAUUCCUAUCUAAGCAGUUGCAAUCUCUUCCUGCUACAGCAAUGUUAAGGGGAAAUUUGGGUGUGACUUGAAUUAAUCUGUAAAUCGACAUGAAGUCGCAGCUAGGAUUAGAAUGGGAUAGAGUUUUAGUUAACUUCAUAAGCAAUAAUAAUACAAAUCAUUUAAGAUUAAUUUUAUUGACUCAAAUAAAUGAAAAUCAGUUAAAUUACAUAACAGCAGACAAAGUUUCUUUGAACAUGCAAUGUGGCUGAACCAGCGCCUUAUUUGGGAAUGGAAUGUGAGGAUGAGACCGUACCACAUCAAGAGAGACGAAGGAAUUGAGUUUAGUCAAGGAACAAAGCACAGCCUUCAGAAAAGAAGAUAGGAUGGCACCUGGGAAGAUAGGAUGUGGUGAGACCAGGGGUAACAGGAGCCUGGCAAUUUUUGGAAUGUGUGAAAAACAAGGUGUUUGUCUAAAACACACCAUUUUGAAAUUCGAGUGAUGUAUUGUCUAUGUGACUCAAUGCACAAAUAUCUGAUGAACCCUGGUUGAUCUUUUCUGGGCUAGACUCUCCCAAUAAAAACUGAAAGAACUGCCAAUGCUGUGAAUCAGGAACAAAAACAAAGUUGCUGAACUCUCCCAAUGUUGACUCAAGAAAUGAUCAUUGAUCUUGAGGCACCUGAGAUUAUUUCUUAAAAUACUCUACUACAACAGCGGCAAUACCUUUGGUAUCCCUGAAGGAUCUAUCCUCCUUUUCAGAUAUGUUGCCCCCAGCAACAUAAUCCAAAAAUACAAUAUUAGGUCCCACAUGCAUGCUGAUGACACUUAGCACUACCUCAGUGGCAGGCAACUGGAAACUUGGGGUCAUUUUUACAGUCAGAACAUAGGUGUUCUGCAAAGCAGUCAUCCAGUCUGUGUUUCGUCUCCCCAGUGUAAAGGAGACCACAUUGUGAGCAGCGAAUGUAGUCAACUGUAUUGAGUGAAGUACAGGUAAAUUGGUACUUCAACUAGAAGGAGUGUCUGGUACCUUGGAUAGUGAGCAGGGAGGAGGUAAAUGGGUACGUGAUGCACCUUCUGUGAUUGGGAAGGUGGCACGGCAAAUUGGGAAGUUUUGGAUUCUGGGAGGAGUGGACCAGGGUGUCACAGAGAGAAAUGUCCCUGUGGAAUGCUGACAAGGGAGGGGAGGGAAUAUGUGUCUGGUGGCAGAAAUGGCAGCUUAUCAUCGAGUGGAAGGUGAGGAGCAGGAGUCCCUAUCGUUGCUAGCAGAGGGAAGAGAAGGGGUGAGGGCAGAAGUGUGGGAGUUGGGUCAGACAUGGCUUAGGGCCUUGUCAACCACGGUAGUGAGGAAUCCUUGGUUGAGGAAAGAGGUUUCUGAGGCCCCUCCCCACUCCCCCACAGUAGGUGACAUCAUCAGAACAUAUGCGACGGAGACAGAGAAACUGAAAGAAUGCCUCUGCAUCCCCUUGACUAUACAUCCUCAUAUCCUGCUUCAUGUAAGAAUUCCAGAUCAUUCUCCCAGGUUCUCCGCUUCCAGUUACAUGCCACUUCAACACACCACUAUGUUCCAUGCCAACAUUUCAGUCUCAGGUCUGCUGCAGUGCUCCAGUGAGACUCAACACAAGCUGGAAGAACAACACAUCUUCUGCUUGGGGACCUUAAAACCUUCAGGACUCAACAUCAAGUUUAAAAAUUUUAGAGCAGGAACAUCUCUUCUUUGUCUAGUGUCUACCUCUACAAUCCCAGGACCGGUCAUGAAAUGCGUCACUUUCAGUACAGCCAACCCAUUUUCAACUACUCAUAGCCCCCAUUAAUAUCUAUCUAGUUUCUCUUUUUCCCUGGUUUACUAUCAAUAAUCUCUUUGUCUGUCCAGCCUUUUUUUUUCUUUCAUUCUCUGAGCCUCUGUCUCCACAUAUCCACUCACUCCUUAUCCCUGCCACCGCCAACCCCCCCACCCAAACCCUCUUUCAUCAGCAUAAAUAUCAAUAUUUCUUAGCUACAAUCUGUUCUGAAGAAGGGUCACUGGACUUGAAAUGUUGACUCUCUUUUCUCUUCAUUUUAAUUAUUCUGAUCCAGCAGCUGUGAUUUCAGCUGCCUGAGUGCCAAGUGCUACAAUUCCCUUCUUAAAUUUCUCUCACCACUCUCUCCUCUCCUCUCUCUCAGACCUUUUGAAAACUGAUCAAGCUUUUGGUUGUCUGUCCUAAUGUUGCUGCCAAUUUUUUUUUUGAUAAUGGUUCUGUGAAGUUGUUUGGGAUGUUUUGUUCUGCUAAAUAUGUGACAUAAAUACAAACUAUUUGUUAUUUUAGUUCAUGUCAUAAAAUAUCCGAUACCAAUGACACAAAAUAAAAAUGUGUACAAAUAAAAUUGUACUUUUUGUUACAA